AAAUAGAGGAGCAGAGGGAGCCUGUGCGUCUUUCUUUCCCCUUCACGUCGUUGCUUGUGUAGUUUUUUUUUGUCUUUACACCAGCUGCUCUCACAACAUCAGAGUUCAUUUCCAAGACUGUGCGCGUGUCUCUGUCUGUGCGUGUGCACAUCCACGCAAUUCCUGUGUGCUCAGCAGCAGCAGUCAGUCUAAUAGAGUGACCCCCCAGCACGCUGGUUAAAGGGAAGACAAGAGAGCUGAGUCAACGAAUCACAAGCAGAAGGAUGCAACAGUUGAUGUGCGCGAGUUGCGCUGCAGUUUUGCCCUUUGGAGACGGAACAGUGCGAGCGAGGAGGAGGAUGGUGGCGACUUUGAUCUGUGCGCAGGACGGAUCGGAUGUUUUGUCGUGUUAAAACCAACUUCAUCAGUGACAUUAACGGGAAAUCAACGCAAGAUCCCCCAUUCCCAGUCGGAGAUUCACUGCCACAGUCGCGCGUCUUCCUCGCCAAAACAAUGGACACCGGGAGAGAAAUGCAUUCGCAGGGACUUGACGCUCCGCUGCUGGAAUGGAGUUAAGGUGCGGGUUAUUGUGUGUGGUCUGCAGCGGUGAGUAGCAGCGCAGUCUGUCUGCACCAACAUGCAUCGGAUUCUGCAGAGGAGGAGAGUGCGCAAGCUGCGCGUCGUGUGGGCUUCGCUGGCGCUGCUGGCGCUGUCUCUGGCCGCGUGCAGCGCGCUGUUCACGGCGUGGACUUGGCGACAGACGCGGGACUUGUCCCAGUCCUUUAAGAUCCUGCAGGACCGAUUGGAUCAGGUGAACACACAGAGGAAGGCCAUUGUUCAACUCAUUCUGGAGAAGAGAGAGCUGCUGGUGGGGCACAGAGUGAAGAGAGAUGGGGGGACGUUUCGAGGGAGGAACGGGAAUGGAAAGAAAGCAGCGUCUCAUUUUGAGAUAACCAAAGUCUCCUCUCAGCAAGUGGGAGAUGGUGGUGUGAUAAAGGGCUGGGAAGAGAGGACGUUGAAUAUGAGUAAAGCGGUGAGGUAUAACAAGGAUCUCGGUACCUUCACGGUGGAGAAAGCGGGCGUCUACUUCCUGUUUUGCCAGGUGUUGUUCAAUGAGCAGCAGACUCCGUAUGUGAAGCUGGACGUGGUGACCACUGGUCAGAGGCCUCAGAAGCUGCAGUGCAUAGAGGGCUACGCGACGACCCCGUCUGCAGGGCCGCACUCCUUCCACUUCGUGAAGUCCUGCCAGGUGUCCGGCCUUCUGAGACUGGAUAAAGGCACGGAGCUGCAGGCCAUCACAGGUUCAUCCUUCAGACUCCACACUGUAGGCAGUCCCUCCGCCUCACCUCACGUCUUCAGCAUCUUCAAGGUCAACUGAAACCCGUCCGUCGAGUAGAACAGAACGUUGCUUUUGUGCGGAUGAGAUUUUUUUCCCCCUCCUCUGUGGUAUAACAGUCAUAAGCAGCCGAGGGCGUCACGUCCCACUACAGCUGCUUCUCACAGACGUUCAUUUGAAAGACGAGUCUGACAUUUUGUGGAAGUUGUUGUGGAAAUUUUCUCUGGACGGUGGUGCCGCUUUGGAACGCAUAACACAGACUUUGGAUUAAAACCAAGGCCCAGAGUGGACAUAAAGGCCUCCAUGAAUGUCUGCCAGGAGAACACACGUGAUGGAAGCUGCUCUGAACAUAAAGAGCUUCACCAAAAAAAAAAAAAAGAAAAAGAAAAAAAGAAACACAAGGAUGUUCAUCUUAGCCUUCGUAUCAUGUAACAAAUUGUGCUUACACUGUCUUUAUAAGACUGACAGUAAAGCUGUGCAUGCACCUUUCACUUUUAUAUCACCGGUUGCCUCAAGAAGCUGAGAGCACAUCUGCAAGCGUCAGAUCUCGACACUAUUAAAGCCUACAUUACACAACACAGUGUCUUUGAGUGGGUGUAUGUGAAAUAUAAUGAAUCAAACUGUUCAUGUUUAUACUGAUUUUAUGCCCAUUACAUUUCAAUGUGCUGUUUGAGUGCAAAAACUUCUUUUUCUUUUUUUUUUUUUUUUUUUAAGAUACCUAUUAUUAUAUACGUCACACACAUUUUACUGUGUGCAUUUCAAGUAUGAUGUUGGCAAAGAAAGUGGAACUUCAUAAAAAAGGAUGUGAAUUUGUGCUCUUUUCUACGGUCAAAUCUGAUUGUAUUUUUUUAUACAUUUGUAUACUUGGCUUUACUUUUGAAAAGUAUGUGCGAGUAAUUGGCGUCUAAAGCCCUAAAUAUAGCCUUGUCUUUCUUUUUCUGACUUUAUCUAUUUAAUGUUGAAACCACCACCACCGCUUGCAUGCCCAUGGGAAAAUCAUACCAUUACGUUAUGAUUUUCUCAUAUUAUUUUUGGAAAGCCUGAAUAUAUUCAUGGCUACAAGUGAAAAUUGAUAUUGAACAUUACAGGCUUUGUAUUAAAGAAAAAACAAGA